AGCGUUUUAUCAAUUAAUAACUUUAUUAUAAUGUAAUACUCAAGUGAUGUUAAAGUGCUAUUUGGCCAAAUUUUAAUGCUGGACAGUGGACAAUACCAAGUGCAACAAUUCGUCACAAAAUAUAUAUAACUGAUAUAUUUUACUCAUUUAGUAACAUUUCAUUUUCUUCCUCAGUCAAUUCCAUAAUAAUCAACGUUCGUUUUAUUUGACCACAAUAUGAAAAGUGGAGCUUAAAAGGCUAGAACCCAGGGCCCUUUCAGAGCAACAAUGAAAAAUUUGAUGGAAGUUUGUAAAUUUGUAAACAGACUAACAGGCAAUCUGACAACAAUGUAACAUCAUUUUAUUAAAGGUAUUUUACUCAACACAGAUAUGUCCAAAGAUGUGUUUAUUGUAAAAGCGUUUUUUUUUCUUUAUUUUACAUGAAGUAUGGCAAAUAAUAGUUUGGAACAUGAUGAUAAUUGUUAUAGUACGAUAGAUGAAAAUAUUUUUGAUGAUACAUCUAUAAUUCCUUUAGAGAAGGAUAGUUUCGCAAUAUGCGAAUUGUGUGGUCGUGUUGGACGCCGAGGGCAGUUCUAUCCAAGGAAUAAUAAAUUUUGUUCACUUCGUUGCAACGCUAGUUUUUCGAGACGAAAACACAUUAAUUGGAGAUUCAAACUAAUGGAGGGUACAGAUCACAUGGCAGGGAUGAUUCCACUGGAGCCUUUACCCCAACUCCAGCAAUGGCAUGCCACUUUGAGUGAUUUACAGGCAGGUCCCAUUAAACAAUCGGCAGCUUCAGUUGCGAACAGUUAUGAAUGGAAAGAUGAGUUAUUUGGUUGCGAUUUCCUUGCUGCACCAGUGAGUCUUUUCAAACAUGCACCUCUUCAUGAAAUGUGGGAUAACACAUUUGAGGGCAUGAAGGUUGAAGUGAAGAAUACAGACUGUGAUAAUUAUUCUGAAAAACUUAGUGAUUACUUUUGGGUAGCUACAGUUUUAAAAGUGAAAGGCUACAUGGGACUUCUGAGAUAUGAAGGAUUUGGGAGUGAUGACUCCAAAGAUUUUUGGGUGAAUCUGUGCUGUUCAGAAGUUCAUCCAGUUGGCUGGUGUGCUACACGAGGCAAACCACUCAUACCACCACGAACUAUAGAAGAUAAAUAUACUGACUGGAAGAAGUUUCUUGUCAAACAACUAACGGGUGCACGUACACUACCGGCAAAUUUUUAUAGUAAACUGAACGACAGUCUUGUUUCUCGGUUUUCUAUUGGAUCAUUAAUGGAAGUUGUUGAUAAAAAUCGAAUCUCACAAGUUAAGGUUGCUACAGUAUGUGAAAUAGUCGGCAAAAGAUUGCACGUCAAAUAUUAUGACAGCUCUCCGGAGGACAAUGGUUUUUGGUGCCAUGAAGAUUCACCUCUUAUACAUCCAGUGGGCUGGGCGUUCCGGAUCGGACAUCCGUUAGAUGCCCCUCAAAAUUACUGUGAACGAGUUGCAACCGGUCGCUUAUUUUCAAACGACAGUACAAAUGACAUGUUCUACAAAUAUCCUUCUAAUGAACCACCAUUGUUUAUGGAGGGUAUGAAAAUCGAAGCCAUAGACCCUUUGAAUUUGUCAGCAGUAUGUGCUGCUACAGUCAUGCAGAUAUUGAAUGAGGGUUAUAUGAUGAUAAGAAUAGAUUGCUAUCCGGCUGAUGCAAAUGGCGCUGACUGGUUUUGCUACCACCAGAGAUCGCCCUGUAUUUUUCCGGUGGGGUUCGCUAUGGCAAACAGCAUUCCAUUGGUUCCACCUGCAGGAUUUUUGCCUGAGGAAUUUCAAUGGGAAGAUUACUUGGCUAUGACCGGAAGCAUCGCGGCGGACCGAUCCCUGUUCAGUGCUAGAGGUCACGUCGUUUCGCACGGCUUCGUCGCUGGAAUGCGACUAGAAUGUGCCGAUCUUAUGGACCCGAGGCUCGUUUGUGUCGCGACGAUCGCUAGAGUUGUCGCGGACUUACUGAAGGUCCACUUCGACGGUUGGGGUUCGGAGUAUGAUCAGUGGUUAUGGGCGCACAGCACCGACGUGUACCCGGUGGGAUGGUGUCGCGCCAUCGGACACCGGCUCGAGGGACCCCUGCAGCCGCCGCCACGGGUGCCCAGGAAGAACCAACCUCGGCAGCCCAAGAAGAAACGGAGACAAGUUACUAAAGUAGCCGCCCACACACUGAAUUCUACAGAGGAGAGCUCCCAAAACUCAGACAUCGGCGAAACAAAGAGUCUAUCGCCGCAGACCAGCGUUUCUGAAGUAUCAAUGGACGCUGAAGCGGUUGUACCAAAAGACGAGCAAUUGAUUAGUGAAGUUAAUAUGGAAUUACAACAAGAGCAAAAAGAAAAAACACCCGAGAAACCUAAUGUAUCUCCAAUUUCGCCCAGGCAUGAUUUUAUGGAGGACAUUCCAAUGCAGGACGAGAAACCUUCGAUACCUGAAGAAUCCCCUUCCAAAUCUUCAGAAGGGUCGAGCAAAGAAGAAGAAGAGGAUCCAGAUAAAGUGAUACCGAGACUAGUCAACACUACAGUGCCCUUAGAUAUAUUAAAUUCAGUUGAUCCUGAAAACUGGACCGCGGCUGAUGUUGCGAAAUUUCUGACGGUAAACGACUGUCAGACGUACUGCGUUAAUUUUUGCAAUAUAACAGGUCCGAUGCUACUGCAGCUGUCUAAAGAUGAAAUCAUAGAACUAUUAGAAAUGAAAGUUGGACCUUCACUUAAGAUAUUCGAUUUAAUACAACAACUGAAAUGUAAAAUUAAACAACCCCAGUGCAGAAUGUUAGUAAAUUUUAAGUAAUUUUUUUAAAUUAUUAUUUUAUAAUAUAGAAUUCAUCACAUUUCGUUUUUAAAAUAAAAGGUGUUUUGGAUAAAUAUCAUUCAUUACAAUCGUUGACUAUAAUAAUUUUAUAUUAUGUAAAUCAAUUAAAAAGGACAAUUAUUCAAGAUGUACUCCCGCCUAUAUUUUUUUUUUGUUUCAAUCUAGCUUCGUUUCUUUUUCUUUCUUGUGUUUCGUGUCAUUUUUAGUAUUAGUAGUUUUAAAUGAUUAGUUUAAUGUGGACGACUUGCCGAUAAUAUUUAUAUGGUAAGCAUGUAUAAAAUAAUGUAAUAAUUUAUAAUCAUUGUUAACAGUCAACCAAUUUUGUUACGAAUGUCAAAUAAUGGUAACAUUUAUUUAAUUUUUCUGGAUUAUAUGUCUACCUAUUGGGCAUCUGUUUUGACUAAGUUUGAUUAUAGCAAUCGAAAAACACAAAAAAAUAUUACAAUAGUUAGGUGAUAUUCUAGAGCAAUUACCGAUAUGCUUCUUAUAAACUUUUGUACUUUUUGUAAGCAAUAAACAAGUCGUUGUUACAUCUGCGGUAACUAAAUCAUGUUGAUUAAUAACGUAAAUAAGUAGCGGUAUAAUCAAAAUCAAAUUGUGAUAAUGUAGGAAAUUUUAAACGAAAUAAAAUCCAUUGUGGCUUAA